UAGUAGAAACGCGACAAUUGUUUUAACGCAAAAGGCUCACAAUUAGCUAAGAGUUUUUCUGGUCUGUUGUCUAUCGCAAACCCUAGGUCAUGUCUGGGACGUACAAUCAAGGCGGCGGCGGCGGUGGUGCGCCUAUUCCGUCGUACGGUGGUGAUGGAUACGGAGGAGGUGGAGGUUAUGGAGGUCGCAGUGCCUCUGGCGGAGGUGGAUACGGCGGACGCGGUGGUUACGGUGGCGGCGGCGGUAGAGGAAAUCAAGGCGGUGGUGGUGGAUAUGGUGAUCGCGGUGGAAGAGGAGGCGGCGGCGGCGGCGGGAGAGGUGGUGGUGGUAGAGAUGGUGGCGGCAGAGAUGGUGAUUGGCGUUGCCCUAACCCAAGCUGUGGGAACGUGAACUUUGCAAGGAGAGUUGAAUGUAACAAGUGUGGUGCACCUGCUCCUUCUGGCACGGGUGACCGAGGAGGUGGCCGAGGUGCCAGUGAUCGUGGUGGUGGUGGUGGUCGUGAUAGUGGCCGUGAUAGUGGUAGGAGCUACGAGAGUAGUAGAUAUGAUGGUGGCAGUAGGAGCGGUGGUGGUGGUGGCUCUUAUGGGAGUGAUAGUCAACAUAGGGGUAAUGGUUCUUAUGGUCAGGGUCCUCCACCUCCUUUGGCGGCUAUUCCAUCCUACGAUGGUUCUGGCAGUUACCCUCCUCCACCCAUGGGGUAUGGAAUGGAAGCAGUUCCCCCGCCUUCAAGCUAUGCUGGUGGUCCACCUUCGUAUGGUGGUCCCACAGGGGGUUAUGGCGGUGAUGCACCGAGCACUGGUGGUCGGGGUGGUAGAGGUGGUGGUGGCUACGAUGGUGGUAGUGCUCCUCGACGCCAGGAACCUAGUUAUGAAGAUGCACCUGCUGAAAAAGUCAAGCAGUGCGACGAGAAUUGUGAUGAAACUUGUGAUAAUGCCAGAAUAUAUAUCAAUAAUUUACCUCCGGAUGUGACGACCGAUGAACUCAAGGAUCUCUUUGGUGGCAUUGGUCAAGUAAUUACUCUGGUUGGAAGAAUCAAGCAGAAGCGGGGUUACAAAGAUCAGUGGCCAUAUAACAUCAAGAUUUACACUGAUGACAAGGGAAAGAACAAAGGUGACGCCUGCCUGGCUUAUGAAGAUCCUAGCGCAGCACACUCGGCAGGCGGCUUUUUCAACAAUUAUGAAAUGAGGGGGAACAAGAUUAGUGUAACGAUGGCAGAGAAGUCUGCACCUAAAGCUCCUGCUUUUGACCAGAGAGGCGGUGGUAGAGGAGGAGGAGGAGGAGGUGGCUAUGGUGGUGGUGGGGGAGACAGAAGAAGAGAUAACUAUGGUUCAGGACCAGACAGAAACCACCAUGGAGGAAACCGUUCUCGUCCGUAUUGAGAGAAAGAGUUGAAUCAAUGAAUCAGCUGUUAUGUAUUCUAAGAGUUUGUGUGUUGACGGUUUUGGGAAUUUUAGUUAAAUGUUGCAUUUUGAUGAGGAAAAUGUUCUAUAAAUCAUCAUCAUAUAUUGGAGAUACAAACAAACAAAAGAGAAGGGAGUGGAAAACUACCUCCAAAAUGCAUUGCAAAAUGGUGGGUAAGAUAGGGUUCAUGAUGAUUUCAGGUGAGUGCAUUCAUCUUCUUUCACUUCCCCUUUCUACUUCACACAUCCCUUUGUUAUUUCUCUUCUAUUCAUCAUAAACAAACUAGUCAUAUUCUCCAUCUUGUAAUAUUCAACUCAUUUAGGCAAACAUACAAUUCGUGAAGCUAUUAUUCUUUUCCUUCUUUCUUUUAUAGCACAUAUGUUCCAUGACAAACGGCAGGAGUGGGGGGCCGGCUAGGCACUCGUGUCUGAUCCGUGGAACCUGCAGUAUGCUUUCAAAUUUCAAAGACCAGCUUGAUGAAUCUAGUGCUUACGAGAUCCGUUUUUUUUUUUGUUAGACCCGUGUGGCUAUAUAUAGCUAGCUCUGAGUAUUUACGAACCAGUGGCGGUUUUAGGUCAAUAUAAGUAGUUCCAAAGAGAAGGGUAUCUCAUCAGGUCUUUUAAGAUGCGUCUUGACACGACAAUAGCCAGUUGGGAUAUUGUUGAUGUCUGAGUUAGACCUGUUUGAUAUUUCCUAUAGUUGCCGACAUGUUCUGAAAGAAUAAAAGGAUCUUUAAUCAUUUGUUUAUUGUUAUUUGUUUUUACUAA